AUGAUUGCAUCAGCGAAGCCAACACUGCUGAGCGUAGUGUUCGCGCUCUUUUCGCUUCUGUCUGUGUCGCUGUUCCUGUCGUCUACGCCGUACGGUGGUACCGGUGUGGCUGCGCAGGACAAGCGUAGUGAAUAUGGUACAGUGAUCGGUAUUGACUUGGGUACGACCUAUUCGUGUGUGGGUGUCCAACGUCAGGGCCGUGUAGAGAUUAUCGCGAACGACCAGGGUAACCGUAUUACGCCGUCGUAUGUGGCUUUCACGAAGGACGACGAGCGUCUGAUUGGUGAUGCUGCGAAGAACCAGGCUGCACAGAACCCGGAGAACACGAUCUUCGAUGCGAAGCGUCUGAUCGGCCGCAAGUGGGGCGAGUCGGAUGUGAAGAAGGACCUGAAGCACUUCCCGUUCAAGCUCGUGGAGAAGAACGGCAAGCCUGCGAUCAAGGUCGCUGUUCGUGGUGAGAACAAGGUGUUUACGCCGGAGGAGAUCAGCGCUAUGGUGCUGCAAAAGAUGAAGGAGACUGCGGAGGCGUACCUUGGCCACAAGGUGACGCAUGCUGUGGUGACGGUGCCUGCGUACUUCAACGAUGCGCAGCGUACCGCUACCAAGGAUGCCGGUACCAUUGCCGGUCUCGAGGUGCUCCGUAUUGUUAACGAGCCUACUGCCGCGGCCAUUGCCUACGGUCUGGACAAGAAGGAGGGUGAGUCGCAGAUCAUCGUGUACGACCUGGGUGGUGGUACGUUCGAUGUGUCGCUUCUCUCGAUUGACUCGGGUGUGUUUGAGGUGCUGGCUACCGCGGGUGACACGCACCUGGGUGGUGAGGACUUUGACAACCGUGUUUCGGAGUACAUCCUCAAGCAGUUCAAGAAGAAGGAGGGCGUGGAUGCCUCGGGCAACAAGCGCAGUGUUGGUAAGCUCAAGCGUGAGGUCGAGCGUGCGAAGCGUACGCUGUCGAGCCAGAUGAGCACCAAGAUUGAGAUUGAGAGCUUCUUCGAUGGCAAGGACCUCUCGGAGACGCUGACGCGUGCCAAGUUUGAGGAGCUGAACGUGGACCUGUUCCGUCGUACGCUUAAGCCUGUGGAGCAGGUGCUUAAGGACGCUGGUGUGAAGAAGGACGAGAUUGACGAUGUAGUACUGGUUGGUGGUUCGACACGUAUCCCGAAGGUGCAGCAGAUGCUCAAGGAGUUCUUCAACGGCAAGGAGCCCUCGAAGGGUAUCAACCCUGACGAAGCUGUCGCCUGGGGUGCCGCCGUCCAGGGCGGUGUGCUUUCCGGUGACGAGUCGCUGGGCGGUGUGGUUCUGAUUGACGUCAACCCGCUGACGCUCGGUAUUGAGACGACCGGUGGAGUGAUGACCAAGCUGAUUCCGCGUAACACUGUGGUGCCGACCAAGAAGAGCCAGAUCUUCAGCACGGCGGCGGACAACCAGAACACGGUGCUCAUCCAGGUGUACGAGGGUGAGCGUUCGAUGACCAAGGACAACAGCCUUCUCGGCACCUUUGAGCUGAACAACAUUCCGCCGGCGCCCCGUGGUGUGCCUCAGAUUGAGGUCACGUUUGAGAUCGAUGCCAAUGGUAUCAUGAAGGUCUCGGCUGCCGACAAGGGCACAGGUCGCAGUGAGUCGAUUACCAUCACCAAUGACAAGGGCCGUCUCUCGAAGGAGGAAAUCGACCGCAUGGUCGCUGAGGCCGAGGAGUUCGCUGAGCAGGACGAGGCUAUUCGCAAGCGUGUAGAGGCCAUCAACGCGCUGCAGAACUUCAUCGGUACGCUGCGCAACCAGAUCACCGACAAGGAGGGUCUGGGCGGUAAGCUCGAUGACGACGACAAGGAGACCAUCCAGCAGCAUAUCAAGGAGGCUGAGACCUGGAUGGAGGAGAACGCCGAAAACGCUGAGGCGCAGGACAUUGAAGAGCAGUUCAGCGAGCUUCAGGCGGCUGUAGCGCCGAUCACCGCCAAGGUGUACCAGGGUAGUGGCGCUGGCUCCGAUGAGCCGCUCAACUACCACGAUGAGCUGUAA